AUGGAGGACAUGAAGCCGAGGGAAAAGAUCACCCGCCUGCCGGCCUGCCUCCACACGUUUCACAGCAAGUGCAUCUCGAAGUGGCUCAAAGAGAAGCCCUGCUGCCCCAUCGACAAAGUUGCUGUCAGCGUGAACGACUCCGGGCAGACCGACUGCUAA